GAUAUUCCGAGAUGAACAGAAAAGGCAUCCGGCAAAUGGAAUAAAAUUGAAUUAUUAACAAAUCGUAAAAAUUCUUUACCGCAAUAUUUAGUUAUCUGUUUGUUUUACAGAAAUAUGCCAGGCGUGUCCAACUAAGUCAUGUCUGAUACAAGCUCAUCGGCUGGAUAUGUGUUGAUCUGUUAACAUAACAAAAGAACAUGAACACAGCCGCAAACAAGUUAGAACUUCAGAGAUUGAAUGGAGUGGAUAAAAAUGCAGUCGAAUUAGGAGCAGGAUGUGAAAACACAGACGUCAAAGAUGAUGUCGCAUUGUACAUUUAUGUUAACGACGGAAGUGUCAGUCACAGUGGCGACUAUGCAUCUGGUUCUAAUGAUUCUAGCUCAACAAGACCGGAAGCGGUAAGAGAGACGUGGUCAGGGCGGUUUGAGUUUCUCCUCUCUGUUGUGGGUUACACAGUGGGGCUGGGAAACAUUUGGAGGUUCCCGUAUUUUGUAAAGCGUAAUGGCGGAGGCGUUGCUUUGAUUCCUUUCCUGCUAUUUCUGGUCUCGUGUGGAGGACCUCUUUACUACAUCGAGGUCUGCCUUGGCCAGUUCUCUGGAAAGUCCCCCGUUAAUGUCUGGGAUAUAUGUCCGUUAUUCAGAGGAAUUGGGUUUGUGAUGGUUGGAUUAUCCCUUAUGUUCAUCUGGUACUUCGGGGCGUGUUUUGCCUGGGUCAUCUACUACCUUUUUCACUCCUUUCAUCCUAGGCUUGCUUGGGCCACUUGUGGUCAGCCUUGGAACACGGAUUUGUGCAUAGGUAAAGUUAACCUGGCAUCAAACAUAUCUGCUAAAUUUAAAUUUUCUACUUCGGCCACAGAAUUUUGGGAGAACAAUGUAUUGGCCAUGUCGCGUGGUAUAGACGACCUAGGAUCUGUGCAGUUGCACCUUCUUGGUUGCCUGGCUCUCGGAUGGCUUGUGGUGUACCUUUGCCUCUGGAAAGGUGUCAAGUCACUUGGAAAAGUUGUUUACAUAACGGCGACAUUGCCUUACGUAUUGCUGACUGUGCUCCUGAUUCGCGGCGUGACUUUGGACGGUGCGGUUGAUGGAAUUAAGCACUACAUUUAUCCAGACUUAAGCAAACUCCUGAAAGGACAGUUAUGGAUCGAGGCUGCGGUGCAGUGCUUCUAUUCGCUGGGACCGGCAUGGGGAGGUGUCAUCACUAUGGCUAGUUUCAACAAGUUCAACCAUAACGCAUUCAGGGAUACGAUGAUCGUUUGUUUUGCGGACGGGUUUACGGGCUUUUUUGGUGGACUGGUUGUUUUUUCAGUUCUUGGGUUCCUUGCCAAGGAAACCGGCGUCUCAAUUGACGACCUUCCAUUUUCAGGUGCCUCCCUGGCGUUUAUUGCCUACCCGGAAGCACUGAGCAGACUUCCAUUACCGAACCUCUGGGCAGUCCUCUUUUUCAUUACCCUCAUUUUAGUAAGCGUCGACACAACGUUUGGGACGUUUGAAACGGUAAUAAAUGCGAUCGUUGAUUAUGAUUUCCGGCGGCUCCAUCGAUAUCGCAUCCACAUCACCUCUCUUCUUACCGUCCUGAUUAUUGUCGGCAGCAUUCCUCUGUGCACUUCGGGAGGAUACUACAUCUUUAUGUUGACCGACUGGUAUAUCGCAACCUUCUACAUCGUGUUCGUUGCCCUGUUGGAGACGAUUAUCAUUUCUUGGAUAUACGGUGCAAACCGUUUCAGCGAAGACAUCGAGAUGAUGACAGGCAACCGACCGCCUCUGUUAGUCCGAAUAGUCUGGUCAUUGGUUAUACCGAUAUUCAUAUCCACCAUUCUGAUUACCUCGGCGAUCAACUUCGCCGCGCCGUCGUUCGGCAAGGGGGGCUACCAGUACCCGUACUAUGCUGUUGUGCUGGGUGACGUGCUCGCCUUCGCUCCGCUGAUCAGCAUUUUUGCUGUGGCAGCUGUUUUGGUGUUUAUUAAAGGCACGGGCACAUUAACACAGAAAGUCUGCCAGCUAACACGAACUUCUAAAGGAUGGCGCCCAAACGACAAGAAAGCCGAGCAGAUAUUCAACAGCAAGUCCUAUACAUACCGGAAAACACUUCUAGAAAGAAUCAAAUACGAUGUGAUAGGGUGGCCGUCGAACUCUUAGCAGCAUAAGAUUCUAUUGUAUGACCAUUAUGGUCAUUUUAAGAAGUCAAAUGUGUGUUGGUGUCUUGGGGAUUUUAUUAAAGAAGUUGCUAAAUUAACUUAAUAACAUAUACUAUCGUAUAUCAAUGCCUGGGUUAUUAUGAUUGUAUAUAUGAGUGUUUUGUUUUAAUAGCCUACACGUCUAUAUACAUGUUGCUGUUGAUGAAUAUUAUUGACUUGCUAUCAUCAUCCAUUUUCCUUACUGAGCAUACGAUUGAUCUGGUGGUAUAAAGAUUGUUGGUUCGUGAGCAUCAGCAGUACCUUCUCAUUACCUCUCAAAAGUACACUAGUACUCCGUAGUAUUCCGAUUUCAUUUGACAGAGAGUUACUUCAAAAGGUAAAAAAGUGUGCCAACAUUUUAAAUAUUUCCAUUCACAAAUGUUUUGUGGCUUCUUAAUUUGACAUGAUUUAAAGAUAGUAACAUAAACUUAAAUUCGCUUCCUAAUUACAAUUAAAGUGCUGAAAGCGUUGAAGAGUUCUGAUUUGUUUAAUAAUAAUUAUGUUCACAGGUAAUAACAAUCGAAUCCAAAACAUCUUUUGAGUGACCUGUGCCUGUCAUAGUAAGAAUAAGAAAUGUUAAUUGAUGGGUUUAUAAUACAAUUAGAAAUUGACAACGGGUUGGCAGUCAAGUACUACUGCUUCCAGUUGGGAAGGUGUUGCAGAUAGGAAAUCCUCAUUCAUUUGUUCUAUCUCUCCCAGGUUAAGAAAGGGUACGAAACGUUAUAUUCACUUUCACACUUUCGUCUUCUUUUUGUACCAGCCGAUUUGUAACGGCGAUUUCUUGACAUCCGGGGACAACACGGGCCCGCGCUGUUAGCUUUUACCCAGACAGAAUGGUUUCUCCAAAAGCCUUAGAAUUCGUGUAUAAAUGAGUUCCUGAUUUUGAAUAUGAUUUGGAAAAUCUACAUUAACGAUAGCUGUGAUUUAACUACUUCAUCAUUAUAAUUGUGUUCAUCAUCGUCAAUUUUAUGUAACCUGUUUGCUUAUCUAAUGCCUUUUUAAUUCGAAUUAAUCUCGCUUUAAAUCCAUUUUAUCAGGGUAGGCAACACUCAAAUAUUGUGCAUCACACCGCAAGGGAUUUCCUCCCUUCCACUGAGCAAAUAUGGUUUUGUCCCUUUUCCAAUUGUUAAAAAUGUACCAAAGUUGAAAGUUGACACAACGAUUUACUAUUGCUAAUGAAAACACUCUUUCUGUAAAAUGAAUAUGGGCUAUUCCACAACAAUACCUAUAUUCAAGUAUGAUUUAAAUGAAGAUCUUAAAAUUUGAUAUUUAGACAGCCAAAACAUUUUAGGUUAAUCUUCCUGUUUUCAAACAAUGGUAUCAAUCAUAUAUGAAGAAAUGUGACGUCGUUCAAAUAAAAUGCUAAAACUUGAGGUCAUUUAAAAAACCCCAUCUAUAACGCAUAAAAUAUAAUUUGUGGAUUGCUCAAAGAUAUAAGUUACCAAAUAUUUUCGAAUGCUUGAAAUCUAUUUUAUUAUUUUGGCAUACAUCUCCAAUCCUCUUUGCAGUGUCAUUUUGCAGUUUUGUAUAUG